GCACGGGGGACAGAGGGCCCACAUAUUUGUUUCUCAACACAUUAAAAAGGGGUCUCUGGGCCAGGCAGGGUGGCUUACACUUGUAAUCCUAACACUUUGGGAGGCCAAGGCAGGAGGGUUGCUUGAGGCCAGGACUAGCCUAGACAACAUACAAUCUACAACAAAAUAAAAAUUAGCUGGGCAUGGUGGUGCAUGUCUGUAGUCCCAGCUACUCAGGAGGCUGAGGCUGCAAAGGGCCACAAUCUUGCCACUGCACUCCAGUCUUGGUGAAAGAGACCCUGUCUCAAAAAAGGCGGAGGGGGGAGGUUUUUUUGGAUUCAAAGCUGGAAUACAACUAGUUAAUAAAAGACAAUUUAUUUCUUCACUGCACUAGAAUGUGUUGUUUACUAACUUUUCUCUUGUCUCUACCUGAAGCCACUUCUCCUUCUGCUGUUUCUUUGUUCCCAGCAGUUACUGGCCCAGAGUGGGACCCACAGCAGGUAGCCUGGACAGUGACUGAACUGUUCUGAAAAAAUCCAAGUACGAAUUGUCUGUCAAAGAACACUCCUUCUUCCUGGGAAUAUGUGCUAUGUGCAAAUCAAGAUCCAAGAACAUCUAACACCUAAGAGGACCGUAAAAUCCAUGGGAAAAAAUGAUACACACAUUUCUAAAUGUGCUCCAGGUCAAAAUCUCACCGUCAAAUGGUGAAGCUGUGUUACAAACCAUCCUUACACAAUUUCAAAAAGUUCCUGAUUAUGGUUGCUUCAUAAGAGGUUCCUCUCUUCAGCUCUUCCCUUCUGAAAAAAAGAAAGCCAACUUUCCUUUUGAAUACACACCCCAACCCGCCCCAGCACACACAGAAAUGGGGACUGUGAGCAGAAGCAACCUCGCUCGCCAUCUGCAAACCAAUCUCAUUCUAUUUUAUGUCGGUGUUUUAGGUGCCUGUACUGUCUCCGUCACACAACCACAGUACAUAGAAGUGGACUACACUUACGAGGCUGUCACCAUAAAGUGUACCUUCUUCGCAACCGGGUGCCCUUCCGAGAGACCAACACACCUGUGGUUUCGCUAUGGCGCUCACCAGCCUGAGAACCUGUGCCUGGACGGGUGCAAAAGUGAGGCAGACAAGUUCACAGUGAGGGAAGCACCCACAGAAAACCAGGUUUCUCUCACUGUAAACAGAGUGACUUCAAAUGACAGUGCAAUUUACAUCUGCGGAAUAGCAUUCCCCAGCGCACUGGAAGCAAGAGCUAAGCAGACCGGAGGAGGGACCACACUGGUGGUAAGAGAAAUUAAGCUUAUCAGCAAGGAACUGUGGAGUGUCCUGACAGCUCUUAUAUCACUGCUCUCUGUCUAUGUGACUGGUGUAUGCGUGGCCUUCAUACUCCUCUCCAAACUGCAGGGAGGAACAUCACCUGCAGAGGAGUCAAAAUCCAAUCCUCUAAGAAACAAAGAAACAAAAGAAGACUUACAAAAGAAGAAGAGUGCUCGGCGUAUUUUUCAAGAAAUUGCUCAAGAACUAUACCAUAAGAGACAUGUGGAAACAAACCAGCAACCUGAGAAAGAUAACAACACUUAUGAAAACAGAAGAGCACUUUCCAACUAUGAAAGACCAUAGAAAUGUUUUAGUGUUCAAUUAAUUCACUGAAAAUCCAGCUGCAGGAGCUAUGGCAGUGUUAAUGAACAUACACCAUCAGAUCUUAAAAAAAAUAAAGGUAAACAGAAAAGACAACUGGCUACAAAGAAGGAUGCCGGAAUGUAAGGAAACUACAACUAACAGUCAUUAACAAAAUACUAAAACCCAACAAAAUGCAACUGCAAAGUACCUUCCAAAUUUGCCAUGAAAAAAUUCUAUUUUAAACACGUAUCCUGAGUUUGUUUCAUUCAACGUGAGAUGUGUGAUGACUGCCAUCCUGAAGAUCUGAAGCUAAGCCAUAUGCCUCAGUCUUGAGUGGAAGAAUCAUCUUUGUGGUUUGUGGAAAUCAUGGGACAAUUAAAAUAAGUUGAGAGGGAGCAAAGUGACAAAAUUUGAGUUAGAGACGUUCAUUUUGAAAAGCACCUUAGUGAAAGUUACUUCCUCUGAUGCUGUCAUGGGGCACUGGGGUAGCUUGCCUGCCAGGGUAUGCAAAGUAACUUACAUCAUGCUACUAGCAAAAUGAGAACAGAAUAGUGACUAGAAUAAGAAAAUAAAAACCAAAAUACAGACAGUCCAAAGCUGAAGGUUAAACAGAGGAAAUUUCAGAACAAAUAAACCACAACUGACUCUAGAUGUCAGUGUUGUGCCAAGUAUCAGCACCAGGGAAGGUGUGGGCAACAUGUCUACUUUACAAGUACAUUUGUAAUACUGAUUUUUAACCAAUUUAGGAGGGAAAUGUCAAUAGGAGGCAAGGUACAGCAAGGGUAUUUAUGGAAUUCAGGACCACUUCACUAAGAAAACAUGAUACAAAUUGUCCUUUGAAAGCUACUUUGGUAUAAAAAAUCUAAAGAACUCAUAAGUAUCAGUAUUAUUAAACACAAAUUACAACCUUACAAACUACUAUGUUUAUGUCAUUUAAGUGUUUCUUUUAAACUGGUAUUGCCUAAGAUGUAUUCUUUUUAAAACUUAGAAUUUUAAAUACUUUAAGAUUCCUUUGAAAGUGUUUUUGCACUGAUGGCUGAAAUCAGUGAUAUCAAACUUUUCCUGAUCAUAUGUGCCCAGAAAAAUGGACAGAGGAAAGGAGGGAGAGUGGAACCUCAUUUUAUUUGUGUGUAUCUAUGUAUACAUGUGAGUGCACAUGUGUGUAGGCACAUGUGUUUUGUGUAUAGUGUAUGCGUGAAUAUGUACGUAUGUACCUUAUACACAAAAACAGAAAUUAAACAAUGGCAUAAGCAGCAAUACAAAUAAAAAAUGCUAACAUUUUCUUGCCAUAUUGCAAAAUAAACUGUCUUGUGCAUUCUGCAGUGUAUACUUCCCUACUCUGAGACCACUGGCUCAGGUAAAAUAAGAAGCUUCUAAACCAGACUGCAAAAAAGGGCAAGCAUUAAUACCACCAAGAGAACAGAAGUGUUGAAUUCGAUCAUUUGCUUUUCAUUUCUGGGAGUCAUUACAUUUUGGUACUGAAUUGAAUUCCAGGGCUGAAAAUUCACUGUUCGUUGUGUAACUAAUCAGGAGACAAAAUCCCUAAGAUAAACUAGUAUUUUCUCACAAUAUGCCUUUCCCACUGUAAGCAAAAACUGUGUUUCAAAGAUAGAUUUUGAAGCUCAAAUGUGGCAUAUACUUUCCCAAAGAGUUAUAUUCCUCUAGGUCAUAUAUAAGAAUAUCUGGUGUAUACACAGUAUUCAUGCAUUAUUCAUCUAUCUUGCCAACAGUAUUUAUUUUCAAACUUCAAAACAAGUUUUAUUUGGGAAGAGUUUAUUUUGUUAAAGCUACAAGCAAGCUUCUUUCCCAAUUACAAAUCUAGAGAUCUAGCAGUUUCAGAGACCUCAGUGUUCAAAAAUAUAUUUCAAAAUUAACAACUAAACUAAACCCACACCGAAAGGAAACAGUUUUCAGAAUGGUUUGGAAUGUACAGCCAUUGAUUUCAGAUGCCAACAAUAUUUACUGAGUGCUACACUAUACAAUCAAAGGCCUCUUUGCAAACUAUCCUUGGGUCAUACUGAACUUGCUCCACCCCACAUAAACCUUAUUCACACCUUCAUGCUUUUGCACAUGCUGUUCCCCUCAGCCGGGUACAAUGCUUCAGAUCACAAACACAGCUCACCCCAACAUGAAACCUUCCCUAACUCACCCAGAGGCUAACGGAUCUUUUUGUCUAAUUCUUCAGUACUUUGCCAUUAUUUCUUAGCACAAUCCCCUGCCAUUAUCUGUUUAUUGUACAGAUAUUCUAUAUUCUGUACUAUUCUGUGUUUUAAGAGCAAAAGCACAAUUCUCAUUUAUCUUGGUACUUCUAUUUAGUACACUGUAGGCCCUCAAAUGCCUUUCUAUCAAUGCAACUUAACAAUGUUUCUAUAGAAAAAUGCUUCUUCAGCAUUUAAGAUAUGUGGCAUACUUCAGUCCCUCACCAUGAAGCCUCACCCCUUUCCAUAAAGACCAUUCAACAAAUCCCUAACAGUUGUAAUUAUACUCCUAUCUAUGCCCAGAAACAUUUUCAAUGAAAAGGAUUAAGCUGUAACUUUUUUUUUUUCUUGAGAUGGAGUUUCA